UUAGGUGCGGUGGAAGAGGUUGGUGAUGAAAUUAGAGGAGCCUCUAAGUUGUUGCCGCAUCUCAAGUUCCUGCAUCUGGAGAACUGUCCCGAGCUAAUAGCUCUUCCGGAAGGUCUGGGGUAUGCCACCAACUUGCAACAACUGCAAAUUAUGGACGCCCACAACCUGAGAGAAAUCAAAAACCUCUCCUUAACUGGCACUCUCCACAUUGACAGACACCUGACGUUAGAAAGAGUAUCCAACCUUCCCAUGUUGAAAUCUUUGCAUAUACUGAAUUGCCCAAGAUUAGAGCAUGUGGAGAAUGUCGGAAAGUUGCAAUUCCUGGUCGUGGUCCUGGAACAUCCUUUUGUGCUACAGGGGCCCUCAGAGAUACCCACUGGUCACUCCCCGGAGUGCCUCCCAGAUGUUUCCAAUAAUCCUGAUCAACAAUCGGAGCACCUCCCCCAGUGGUUAUUGGAACUACUCGGGCAGCAUCAAAAUGCUCCGACUGCGGUCCAGAAUCUCAGAAAAUUUGUACUGACAUGCGGCUCAGCACUGUUUAAGAGCUUUCUGAAGGAUACACCAAAUUUCAUCCAGUGGAUCCCUGAGGUUCGGAUCCGAGACAUAGAUGGUUCCUCAUGGAUACGAUAUACCAAGGGACCCCCUCCCACCUUUCAAACCAACGAGCAAACGGAAGGCUAA